AAACUGCGUCACGUAGCCAUUGCCUAAGAUAGUCACUGAAGAUUAGACGAACCAGUAGUGCUUCAUGAGGACACAAUGAGUCACAAACAACCAUUGAAAUAUUUUUCUCCAUUUACUCGAGCAUCAGAAUCACCAGAGCCCAGCUGUGUGUCCGUUAAGAGUGACUGGUCUAUAGAUCCUCCACCACAAAUGACAGAAAGAAGGGACAGUCUCAGCUUAGUUCAGCAGGAAAGAUCAGAUUCACCAGAGCCCAGUCAUGUGUCCAUGAAGAGUGACUGGUCUAUAGAUCCUCCACCACAAAUGAAGGAGGAAAAUAGGAGUUUGGUUCAGCAAGAGAGAUCACCAAAGUCCAGCUGUGUGUCCCUGAAGAGAGACUGGUCUAUAGAUCCUCCACCACAAAUGAAAGAUGAAGACGGACGAAAGAGUCCCAGUUUGGUUCAGCAGGAGAGAUCAGAUUCAGCAGAGCCCAGUCUUGUGUCCAUAAAGAGUGACUGGUCUAUAGAUCCUCCGCCACAAAUGAAGGAAGGAGACAGACAAAAGAGUCUCAGUUUGGUUCAGCAGGAGAGAUCAGAUUCACAGAUUCAGCCCAGUCAUGUGACCAUGAAGAGUAACUGGUCCAUAGAUCCUCCACCACAAAUGACAGACAGAAGGGACAGUCUCAGGCAAUUCCCGCGACACAGACCUGGUCCAGAAGAACCCGUCAGUAAGAAAAUGAAAUAUGACAAGUCUGUGAAUAAAUCACAAGAAUUUAAGGAAAACCCACCUCUCAGCUUCAGCCAUGAAGUCAACACAUUCAGAGUGAAUCUACUAAAGAAGUUUCAGUGUCUGUAUGAGGGUACAACUGAACAAGGUAACCCAAGACUCCUGAAUGAGAUCUACACAGAGCUCUACAUCACAGAGAGUGAGAGUGGAGAGAUCAGUAAUGAACAUGAGGUGAGACAGAUUGAGACACAAUCCAGGAGAUCAACAACAGAGGACACACCGAUCAAAUGCAGAGACAUCUUUACACCUUUACCUGGACAAGACAAAGCCAUCAGGACUGUGCUGACGAAGGGAGUCGCUGGCAUUGGAAAAACCAUUUCUGUGCAGAAGUUCAUCCAGGACUGGGCUGAGGAGAAGGAGAAUCAGGACGUCCAGCUCAUAUUUCCACUUCCUUUCAGAGAGAUCAAUCUGAUGAAGGACAAAAAGUUCAGUUUAAUUAGUCUUCUUCAGACCUUCUUUACGAGGGAGAUACAUUUACAUCUGAUUCAAAACUCUUCUGUCAUCUUCAUCUUUGAUGGUCUGGAUGAGUGUCGUCUUCCUUUCAACUUUAGCAGCAAUGAGAUCCUACAGGAUGUGACCAAAGUGACAUCAGUGGAUGUGCUGUUGACGAACCUGAUUAUGGGGAAUCUGCUUCCCUUUGCUCUCAUCUGGAUCACCUCCAGACCAGCAGCAGCAGAUCUCGUCCCCUCUGAGUGUGUCCAUCGAGUGACAGAGGUACGAGGCUUCAAUGACCCUCAGAAGGAGGAAUACUUCAGGAAGAGAAUCAGUGAUCAGAGUCUGGCCAAUACAAUCAUCUCACACCUGAAGUCCUCCAGGAGCCUCUACAUCAUGUGCCACAUCCCAGUGUUCUGCUGGAUCUCAGCCACGGUUCUGGAGAAGAUGUUGAGUGAAGCAGAGACUACAGAGAUCCCCAAGACUCUCACUCAGAUGUACACACACUUCCUGAUGACACAGAUCAACAUCAAAGACAUGAAGUAUACUGGAAAAAAAGACAAAGACAUGAUCUUCAAACUGGGGAAACUGGCGUAUGAGCAGCUGGAAAGAGGCAAUGUAAUCUUCUAUGAGGAAGACCUGAGAGAGUGUGGCAUUGAUGUGGCAGAAGCUUCAAUUUACUCAGGAUUGUGCACUCAGAUCUUCAGAGAGGAUUUUGGCUUGUAUCAGGGGAAAGUCUUCAGCUUUGUUCAUCUGAGUGUUCAGGAACAUCUAGCAGCUCUUUAUGUGCACCUCUCCUUCACAAACCACAACAGAAAUGUGUUUGAGCAAGUGACCAAAAAGAAAACUUCCAAAACUUUAGAUUUUUUGGAUUACUUUAACAGUAAUUCACCAGAAAAUGUUUUAUUAUCUGAGCUGCAUCAGAGAGCUGUGGAUGAGGCUCUACAGAGUAAAAAUGGACACCUGGAUCUUUUUCUCCAGUUUCUUCUGGGUCUGUCAUUAGAGUCUAAUCAGAUUCUCCUACAAGAACUAAUGAUAAAAUCCAGAAGCAGCUCAGACAGCAGUGAAGAAACAGUUGAGUACAUCAAGAAAAGGAUCAAUAGCAUUUGCCAUCCAGAGAAAUCCAUCAAUCUGUUUCACUGUCUGAAUGAACUUGGGGAUCAUUCACUAGUGAAGGAAAUACAACAGUAUAUGGAAUCUGGAACACUGGCUCAAACCAAAAUCUCAUGUGGUCAGUGGUCAGCUUUAGUGUUUAUUUUAUUGACAGUAGAGCAAGCAAUGGAUGUGUUUGAGUUGAGUAAGUUUAUUGGAUUGAAAAAAUCAUCUGAUGAGGUUCUUCAGAAACUCUUGCCAGUGAUUAAAGAAUCCAGAUCAGUAAAUAUGGAUGACUGCAACAUCACAGCUGAAGGUUGUGCUUAUUUGGCUUCAGCUCUUGGAUCAAACCCCUCGCACCUAAGAGAACUGGAUCUGUCUGCGAAUAAACUACAAGAUUCAGGAAUAAAAAAAUUAUCUAAAGGACUUCAGGAUUCUCAUUGUAAACUGGAGAAACUGAAUCUUUACGAUUGUGGUGUCACAAAUGAAGGUUGCGCUGCUCUGACGUCAGCACUGAAAUCAAACCCUGAACACCUGAGAGAUCUGAAUCUGACUGAAAAUAAGAUAGGAAAUUUGGGACUCAGGUGCCUUUCUGAAAUACUGAAAAAUUCUCUCUGUAAACUGGAGAUACUGAGGUUGUGUCAGUGUGGAAUCACAGAUUGCGCAGAUUUGGCUUCAGCUCUGUUAUUAAACCCUGAACACCUGAGAGAGCUGGAGCUGUCGCUGAAUAAAAUAGGAGACUCUGGAGUAACUUCUCUCUGUGUUGCAUUUGAAGAUCCCCGCUUCAAGUUAGAGAAACUGUGGUUGAGUGGUUGUGGUCUCACAGAUGAAGGUUGUGCUGCUCUGACUUCAGCUCUGAGAUCAAACCAUGAACACCUGCGAGAUCUAGAUCUGACUGGGAAUAAAGUAGACAAAGAAGUCAGAGGUUCAAUUCUACAGCAUAUUCUGGAAAAACUGAAUAAUAUUCAGAUUCUCAGUGUUUAGUUCAGGAUCUGCAGACGGUGUAUAAGGAGAAACGUCAUAGACACACAAUCAACGCAAAUUGAAGACAGAGACAUCGAAGACAUCGAUCACAGUCACAUGUGACUUUGCUGUGAACGUUUUAGUAUUUAGGGGAAGAGUAGUUUUAAGGUCGCAAACGUAUUCCAUUCCAGUGUUUUUUGUCUUUAUAUUUUCAAAUCAUGUACAAUUAUGUAUAUAUACAUACAUAUCUAGACUUUACUAGAACUAUGUUUAGCUGCUUUGACGCAAUCAUUGUAUAUAUAUAUCUACAUAUAUAAAUAUAUAUUCAUGUUUCUUUAUAUAGGGCCUCUAUAUAUAUAUUCAGGGCUUGACAUUAACUAUUUUGAUCACCAGCCACUGUUUUGUUGUUGGGGAAAAUAUUUUUAUAUGCAUAAAUACGUAACGCGUACCGAACCGAAAGUCUCGUACCGAACGGUUCAAUACGAAAACGCGUAUUGUUACACCCUAUUGUUAUAUAUAUAUAUAUUAAGGGUGUAUUAAGGAACUGCUUUUACUCUAGCCGAAAUAAAACAAUUCCUUGCUCUGUUAAACAUCAUUUGGAAAAUAUAAAAAAAAUGGGGUUUAAUAAUUCUAAUUUCAACUGUGUGUACAUAUAUAGUACAUUCAUUUAAACAUCACAUUUUUGGCAACAUUUUAUUUCAUAAUAUGUGUUAAUAAAUAUUAAAUAUCAUGUAAUGUAAUUUUCAUUACAGUCUCGUUAGCCUAUGAUAAUCUAGUUAAACAUAUUAGCAUGUGUAAAGUCAUAUUAAUAUUGAUGUGUGCAUAUACUGUAUAUAGAUGUAUAUUUGUUGUAUGUUAUCCUCACUGAAACCACAUAUUCUCAUUAAAGCUACAGAUGUUUGAUUG